AUGGAAACAAAGGACAAUCCCUCAAAGCCUUUUGUGUUUCCAGUCAUGAAAAAGACAAUUGAAGACCUAUUUACUAAGUCGAAAAUUACGAAAGAUGAUAUCGAAGCUUUCCAAGACAAAUAUUGGGAACAACUUGUUCCUAAUUUCAGUCAAGCACUGAAGCUUCUGGAUAUACACGGAGUUCCAAGACAUAAUAUUUUAUGGAGCAUAAACGAUCGCCUUAUGGAUGCUAUUAAGGCUAGAGUUGACUCGAAGCCUGAUGAUUGUGACCAGAAAAAAUGCCAAAAACUCUGGCAGAAGCUUAUCAAGACGGGAAUAGUGUAUAUUCAUCACCCAUAUAUGCGUUCAUUAAUCAUGCAGGUUCUUGGUAAAAUGAAUUCGAUUAAAGAAAGGCAUGUCAACCUAAUUGUUGACAACAAAUAUUUAUAUGAUGAUGCUCCUUUACCGGUCUUACGUCAUAUUUGGGUUGCUCAUCCUCACAAAUUUCAAGAGGAAUUAGAUAAAGUUAUAGCAACAUUUCAAUCUACAUGGUCUUCCGCUAUUUUGGAUGCCCUUUCAAUGUCUAUCACGUCUACUGCAUCGACAACAGCUGAUCUUGUCCCAAUUCUUUAUUGGCCACCUCGUCGUCGUAGACGUGAUCCUUCAAUUGUACGGAUUGUUGAAAUGAUUGGAGAAGGACAAGUCUUGUAUGAUAAAACUAUAAGCAUACUUCGUGAUCAAUGUAUAAAAUGUGAAAAAGCGGCUUAUUCACUUAUGGAACAGCAAAUCAAAUCGACAAUUGGAAAUAAUAAUUCAUCUGAGGAAAUAGAUGAACAGCCACCACCAGCUAAACGAAGUAGACAACGUUUAUCAAGUAAAGAAAAAUCUUCAGAUAUAACACAACGUUUAGCUAAUCAACCUAUUCCAUAUAUCCCAUUAGCUUUUAUGCCUAAUCAACCUUCAGUUGCUUCAGCCACUUUAUGCACACUACGUUUUGAUUUAUUGAUGAGUUUAAACGAAGCAAAAAUUGAUCGACUGUGUGUUCCUGAUAGAAUUCAUCGUUUUGUUUGGUGCUUAGAUGCAUGUGUUCGCAAUCGUCGAAUCGAUCAAAGGCAUGCUAGUGAAUUAGCCUAUCAUUUACAAUUACAACGUCGUCGUUGGGCUAAAGAAACAGCUGAUGAAUGUCAUGAAUCAUAUGGAGAAUCUAAUGAGAAUAUCAGUGGAGAAAUGUCUAAACGUGGACAUUCUAGUUCUUCUCGCGGUAAAAAUUCUAAAAGUGGUAAAACCAAUCGAAAACAAUCUCCUUCAAGUACAGAAAAACAGUGCGAUUUAGAGGAUGUAGAAAAGACAGCUGAUGUAAACUUUUUAGAAAAAGAUAUGCAUAUGGCUUGUCGAGAUCCAUGGGUUGUUUACACCAUUUGUACAUCAUUAAUUCGUUACGUGCUUAAUGGACUUUAUGAAGACAAAUUACCUCGGGAUAUACCUGAAGUACACUUACUUGUUCAUUUAUUAGUACUUGGCUUAGGCGACGAUUUAAUCCCGUAUUCUUGUUUACAAUUAAAAACUAAAGAAAGUUCUAUGAGUAAACGUAAUAAUACUACCGAUAUUGAUGAUCCUACAUUGAAUUGUCCAUCGAAAGCACUAAUUAGUUAUAUUUUACCAGCUGUUGCACAAUUACAAGUAUUAACAUGGAGAGCACAAGUGGCUGAAGAGAUUUUAACAUUAAGCAAUAAUUUAUGGCCUACUACUAGUUUGGAAAAUACUACUGGCAGUAGUAAUAGUAGUAGUGGUGGCGGUGGUGGUGGGUUAACAUUAUCUAAUAAUAAUACAAAUCAACGACCAACAUCUCAUGAAUCAAGGGAAUCAUUUAAUCCAUCAUCGUCAUCAUCAUCACCAUCAUCAUUGCCAACAACAUCACCACCAUUGGUUUGGCAAAAACGUAUUAAAGAUGCUACUCAAUGUGUCAAUAUAACUGUACCAUCAGGUUAUUUAGCACAUCCAAUUGGUUAUUUAAUUUUACAAUAUCAUUGUUUAUUUUGUUUAGAACGUAAUGAAUUAGCUACAUUACGUGCUUUAUUAAAAUUAGCUGUAACACUUGCACAAUCACGUGUAAAUCGUUCUAACCAUAAUAAAUCUACAACACAAUCUCAACCAAUUACACCAACAAAAGUGUUAUGUUCUGAUUCAUUAAAAGUUUUACAAGCUUUAGUUUUAGGAAUUUCACGUUUACCUCAAUCUGCACCUGCUUUUGUGGAUAUUGAUCGAAAUACACACAUUACUGAAGGUUCUGUUGAAUCUUCUUUAAAUGAUAAUACUGGUCAAUCAGAUUCUGAUAAUAAUUCAUCUAAUAUAUCAUCUCUAGUUCGUACAAAUUCAAUGAUGUCAAAUAUAAUUUCUAACAAUGAAUUAGGAAAUAAUAUUAUUGGUUUUACUAAUGUUCUAAAUUCUACUUGUCAAAAUACUAAUCCAGAAUCUUACUCUACCAUAACAGGAUCAAUUGUUACACGUGCGAAUUUAGCUGGUCUACUCAGAUCUAGUUUACCAUUAAUUAAUGAUGUACAAUUAUUAGCUCUUGCUCAAGUUGCCUUACUUGUACCUGGACCAACGAAUACUAAUUUAGGAACUGGUGGUAUGUCUAGUAGUAGUGGUACCAAUGUAUCCUCCAUUCAUCCUUUAUCUUCUGGAACUACUACUACUACUGUCACUACAACUACUACGGAUGUUAGUAGUAUCAAUGAAUCUGUCUCAGCUGCACCUAGUUUAAGUGAACGUGAAAGACUUGUCAAUACAUUAGCAAGACAUUGUAACAUUACAUCUGUUGGUAGUACUGGUACAUUGUCAACUACUGAUUCGAAUUUAUUAUUUGAAUCCGGUACACAACAAUCUGGUACAGCAGCAGGUACAACUGGAAGCUAUAAAUCAUCAAAUCCACGCGUUUUAGCUGCUUUGGAUGUUCUGCGUAAAGAUAUUGAAAAAUCCCAUAAUUCGCUUGCAUCACCGUUAACACCGACAAAUUUAGUUGGAAUUAAAACUGGACCUGGUGGUUAUAGUUUAUCAGCGUCAUCAUUAAAUGCAUCAGCAAAUCUCUUAACAAACUUUACUGGUUUCCAAAUGCCAGAUGCAUGGGUUGCUCCAUCGCCUCGUAGUCCUUUAUCGACUAAUAAAUAUUCACGUUUUGGUGCAGAUUCACUACAGUCAUCGAAUAAUAGCAGUACAUCAUUAACUGGUACCAGCUUAUCAUCGUGUUACUCAUCAUCAUCAACAUCAUCUUAUGGUUUACAUUUGCCUAUUGGAACACCUCUUACUAAUCCAGGUCUAAUGGGAGCUACACCUCACCUAAGUAAUCUACAUAUUGGACAAGGUCAAAUGCCGAGUCUACGUAAACUACCAAAGCUUACUCCCUCACCUGAUCUAUUAUCAUCGUUAUCAUCAUCUUCUUCAAGGGAAUUCCGUACUCCUCUUUCGCCUAAUCCUAUUCAUCAGCAAAGAAAUAAGUUUGCCACUGAUACAUUGUAUGCUUCAUGCCCAUCUCCGGCUGUACAUCGACCAGAUGCCUCUCAUGAUAACAGUAAUAUUGCUAUUCCUAGAUCUCCUUCACCACCACCUUCGUAA